AUGCAAAUGUCACCAAUAUCAGAAAAUAAUAAUCCGAACCAUUCAAAUAAAAUGUUUGUUUCAUCAUCAAAUUCAAUCGAAAAUAAUUGUAAAACGAAUAGUAAUAUGAAUCUUACAACAUCAAGGAAAAUUCCAACAUUAUCAACAAAUGAUUGUAUUCCAAAUAUUUCGUCAUCGACUUCAACAGCAAUAUCAAAUCGAAAAAGGAAAUCUAUUGUUCAACCAAAUUCUUCAAUCGAUCAAUGUAAUUCACAAGAUUUAUCAAAUAACCAACGUCAUCUUUCAACAUCUCAUGAAAAUAAUAAUGAUUAUAUAUCAAACUAUAAGCUUUCAAAUUUUAUCAUCAGAAUUGAACAAAUUCCAAAUCUAUGGAUGAUCGAUACUACGAAUGGAAGAUUAAAUAAAGAUGAUAAUGAUAAUAAAAAAUCUUCAUCAAGAAUCAAUAAACAAAUAGAUACAUCACCUAUUCUUCAUGGUUUACUAACAUCUUCAUCAAAAUCAGUUGAAACUGAUUUAUUAUCCAGUAUAGAAUCAACUCGUUAUAAUAUUAAUGAAAAUCGUAAUAAUAAAAGUCCACAAUAUCGACCAAGACAUUCUUAUUGUUAUUCAUCAGAAACAAAAUUUAGAUCAAAAGAUAAUCUGAAUAAAACAUCGAAAAUGUCUCGUCAAGUAUGUCGCUCACCUAUAUUUACAAGACGUCCACAACAACAAAUACAAAAAAGAAUCGAUAAUGAUUUUGAUAGAAUACAUCAACCAACGGCUUUACUUUCAUUAUAUACAAAUGAAAGUACUUUACUAGUUAAUAAUAAUAUGGAUAAUCAAUUAUUUAAUGAAAAUCAAACUAUAAUUUCCUUGCCAUCAUCAUCAAAGAGAACAGAUAAUAAUAAACGACCAUUUGAAUCUUCAUCAUCAGAACAAAUUUUAAUAAAACGGCGUUGUCAAAAAAUAAUACCAAUGAUUAUAACUCAAAAUCAGCUUUGUAUAUCGUAUCCAAAGGAUAUUUCACGGUGUGUUGAUUGUCGAACAAUUAAUUCAUCAAAUUUAUCUACGAAACUGUCUAGUUGUCGAUUUCAGCAUUGUCGAACAUUGAAAUAUCUUGGUGAUGACAAAUAUGAAGUCGAAGGAUUUACAACAGUUGAUAAAGCCAAAUCUCAAGAUACUAAAUAUUUGCCUACACCGAAUUCUGGUGGACAACCACCAUUAAGUUUAAUCAAUGCAAAUUAUAUAUUCACACAAAUAGCUAAAGUAUUUUGUUCAAUGUUUUUACAUGAAGAAACUGAACGAUUAAGACACAACGAAAAAACAAUCAUUCGGAAACAGUAUAUGGCUGGUUGGAGAGAAUUUUGUGAUCAAUGUUCAACAACACUUUUUAAUUGUCAUUAUAUGUGUAAAGAAUGUGGAUAUAUGCUUUGUAUUGAAUGUUCAAAUGAAUUAUCUCAAAUAAAUACUGAAAAACGAAAAAAAUUUAAACGUAUUUGUACUCACGUUAAUACACAUUGUUUAUCAGAAUUUAUUCCAUGGAAUAUUUUAAUUAAAUUACAUAAUGAUUGUAUUAAUUAUUUAACUAAAUUAAAAAUUGAUCAUUCAAUGAAAUUCUAUCCAUCAUCGAGAACUGAAAA